AUGCUCUCUCGCUCCGCAACCAAGCGGCCAGCAGCACUAUUACGGCGCCGGCUGCAGCCACAAGCCCCAGCCCUCACCGCUCGGCGAGCAGUAUCCACAAGCCCAGGAGGAUGGACCCAGGCGAAUCCACGCGUCUCCACGCUCUUUGGAGCGCUCAUGGCCGUCGGAGUCGCGUCAACAGCAUACGGCGUGUACCAGUUCUACACCACGUUUACCAUGUGGCCGCCAGAGGUCCGUGGCGACCUCCGUGCAGGCAUCAAGGCGAAGCACCAGGGCGACCUUGACCUGAGCGUCCGGUAUCUUCACCGUGCAUGGCAAACUGCGCAAAGUCUGCCGAUAUCCGCGUUCGCCACCGAACCUCACCUGAAGCUCUCCGGUGUUGCUGUGGCUCUUGCGGAAGCACUCGAGGGCUCGAACCGCCCACAAGAGGCGUAUGACAUAUACAGUGCCGCGCUCCUCCAGCUUCGCGCGGCCAAAGACCUCACCGGCCGAGAGCGCAUGCGCGCCGUGGCCAUAGCACACAAGCUCGGCGAGAUGGCGGAGAUAUAUCAGCAGGGGCCAGAGGAGGCCGAGCCUUGGCUUACCUUUGCCGUCGAGGAGACGCUCCGGGUCGUCAAGGACGAGUCCAACGCGAAGAAGGGGAGGGGCGCGGGAGAGCCCGAGGGCGAGGUCGGGUCUAUGCUGGUGGAGCUCGACCUGCCACAGUGGGUGCAGAAGACCGACGUCGUCGCGCCCUUGGAGGCGCUGGGCCGGUUCUAUGCACGCGAGGGCAAAAACGAAUAUGCUGCCACGCUCUACCUCCAGGCCAUCGGAAUGCUCAUGCAGCCCGCUACGGGCGAGAAAAAUGCUUUGGUUGAGGACCGCUGUCGAGGCGCGCAGCUGAUGAACAACAUGUCGGAUCUCAUGGUCCGAGGCCCUCCGCCUACCAACCUCAAGUUCGCCGAGUCAUGGGCACGCCAAGCGCAAGGCGUCAUUGAGAAGACACGCACGCUACCUGGUGCACAGCAAGACGUGGAGAACAUGGCGCUCUGCGAGCAGACCCUCGCUGCCGUACUCUACAACUUGGGUGCGCUCCUGGAGAUGGACGGCAGAUACGAUGCGGCGAAGCAGUCGUUCCAGGAGAGCUUGGAGCAGUCGAAGCGUAUCGGCAUGCGUGCCGGCGCGAUGGAAGCGCGGUCAGCUCUACGAAGGCUGGAGCGUGCAGCGAAGAUCGAGCCAAGCGACAAGGCGUGAACCUUAUGGACAAGGGAUUCACAUGUACCAGGGGGCGAUCCCGGGUCUUCACUGCGCAGAGCUCUUGAGG